AUGCGUCUCGACUACGGUGCCAUUCUAUUCGCGCUCGCUACCACUGCUGCGGCCGCACCAAUGACUGGCCACGACAAUGAUCAGGGCGGGGUUCAGCACGAAAAGCGCUUCAAAUUAAUCGGCCCCAAGAACCCUCUCUACACGCCGGACGGAGAGAGGACUGGGACGUACCUGCCCCCACUCAACUCACACCACCUUGUCACCUACCGGAUUGCAUCCGAUCAAGCUAACAGUCAGGAUGGCAUUGGUCCUCUUAUGGAUCUGACGGAUCGCCCGCACGAUCGCCUGCCCCCGGCUUCGGGCGACCGCCAGCACGGAAAGCGCACGUAUCUUGUCCCCGAGGUCCAGACUUACCGCCUUGACCAUGGUCGUCUCAUCAUGGACGAGGCACACCGAGUCUAUGACCCCAAGGACGGGAAGAGUGUCCCCAUCAAUGAGCGCUCUUACCUCGUCCCCGACCAGACUCAGGGCACCUACCGCCUCGAGAACGGCAAGCUCAUCAAGGACGAGGCACACCGUGUCCCCGACCCCCAGCCUGUAGAUGGCGACGCCGACGCGCACGCGAAGGAUGCGAUGCGUGAGAUCAUGGGAAUCAUGGACAAGCACGGAAAGCGACUCCUUAUGCCUGACUUAAGGGGUCCCGGCCUUCCCAUAUACGACGGGCCCAACCAUCACGUAGGGUACAAGCCUAAGCCCAAGGGGCAGCCGCAGCCUAAGCCCAAGGGGAAGCCGAAGCCGAAGCCGGUGUCGGGUCCCUUCCUCACCUGGAACAAGCACGAGGAGCGUUCAUACCUUGUGCCUGAGGUUCAGACCUACCGUCUCGACCACGGCCGCCUGAUCAUGGACGAGGCACACCGCGUUCACAACAACCCCGACCCCGUUGACAACCCGUACAACAUGACGGUCAAGCCGCUCCCUCACCACAAGCGCGAGAGCGACGUACAGCUCAUGGACCGCACAUUUUUUGACCCUUUGGCCCGAUGGUGGAGAUUUGGCUCCUUGCGCGACAAGCUCGCGCAGCAUAAUCAGGAGAAAAAGAACGUCAAGCGCGAGGCCAACGAGCAGCUCGAGGAGCGCAAGCUCCACUCCAGAUUCGCGCUUCUCCCUGAUAUUCCUCUCGAGCACGAGGUAAAUCCUGCUUGGCAACGAAUCCCUGCGCAGGAGAGCGGCAACCAACGCCAUCCUAAAUUCGACUUUGGCCAGAUCCAGAUGCUGCGGCGGCACGAGGGGCGCGCCCAAAUCCAUGGCACCUACGGCAUCUCCGACGAGGCGGUUGAGAGUCCUCGCCUCCGCACAGCGCCCCUCGGCCAGCUGAAGCAUCACCACGACGACGACAAGACUGCUCUUGAGGAGCGCACGUACCUGAUUCCCGGCGUCCGCACCUAUCGACUGGACCACGGGCGGCUGAUUAUGGACGAGGCGCACAGGGUUCCUGACUCGACUCCUUCUCUGCCCCAGAAUCAGAAGCGCUCUAACGACGACUACGGCAUUGAGGCCCGGCGACUUGCACCGUGGUUGCAGGAACAGAUCAUUGCACGAGCUCGAGAGCAGCUCCUUAGGGACCAAGGUGCUCGACACACUCAGCAUGGUAUCCCGGACAAGUUCGACACGUACUGGAAGAAGGGGAAGCGCGAUGGUGGCCUCUCGCAGGACGAGCUGGAGACGCUGAGCAAUGAGCUCGAGUCUCAGCUGGCAAAGCGUCUCAUGUUAACGCCCACAAGGCGGCCCCGACCCCGACCCCUUUCCGGGUGGCCUAACCAUGGUCCCAAGCACCCCAAGCUUCCGGUGAGAAACAUCUGGCUUCCGAAGAGCCCUCGUCUGCUCCUUGUUCACGAAAAUGAGCGUAAAACUGAUAUUCAGAAAUCUUCCCAUCACACUCCCUUUCCUUUUCAGGCCAUCAAAGGGAAGCGCGAUGGGGGCCUCUCGCAGGGUGAGGAGGAGGAGCUGAACAGUGAGAUUGAGGCUCUGGAGGCGAGACGCUUUAGGCACCUCGACCUUUCCUUCCCAAGUGGCCCUCCGUAUGGAGUUCCUGGCUCUGUCCCAGGUGCUGAGGGUACUCCUCACUCGGAUUCUCACAACGGCGGAAAACGCCCCUGGGGACUUUCCCCUGCCGUGAUGGUGAAGAGAGACGACACUGCUAGGGUCAAUUCUGCGAUCGACGAGUGGGCAGAAAGUGCACACACUAAUCCGACGGCCUGGGCGGACAACGCUGAGAAAGUACUCAAAGCAGCCUUUCCAGGCAUAAGGAUCUCUAGGACGGACAAGCCGAAGGACAAGCGGGAAAAUGGCGUGCCGAAGGCCACGGCCCCGAGGCCCCCGAAACGCAUAUUAAGCCCCGAGGAGUGUCGUAUUCGGCAGCAGCAGGACGAGGAGAUGCGGGCAAAGCAUCGUUAUGUUAAGUUGCCGAGGCUUCCCUCAGAGUGUGGGUUCCUCUACAAGCGCGACGAGGACACAGCAGACUCAACCGCAGAGGCGGGACCGAAGGAUGGUUCCGAGCGCAAUAGCUCCCCGGAGACUGCCGAGACCUCCGAGAACGACCAUGAGGGCUCCACUGGCAGCACCGACUCUGCCUCCGGUGACGACUCCGCUGCCGUCUACGCCUCCGACUCCGGCUCGAGCUCCGUUACUGGAUCUCCUCUCCCGACCUCCACGAGCUCCCUGGCUUCCCGCCCUGCAACCACCGACGACGCAACCAAGAAGGCUAUCGAUGCCGUUUGCGCUCUCGUGAAGUCUCUCUCCAGCGGCAGUCAGAGUAACGGUCAGAUCAAGGGUCUCGCAUCGCUCUGCGAGAAGCUCCAGGAUGGCUCCGCCAGUACGACCUCGACGGGCUCGGCCUCCUCUCACAUCACCUCCUCGGCCGAGUCUGGCUCCGACAGCACCUCCACCUCGUCGGGUUUCGACGGUUCCUCCACUUCUGGCGCCUCCUCGGCCUCUGGUAGCACUUCGGGAUCCUCGAGUGCCUCGGACUCCUCGAGCACCUCCACCGCAGACGAUGCCUCGCAUACCGACGAGGAGUAG